AUGCCAUCUACUACGCCAAUUAGUGUUAAGGUUGUGGCAGCGGAGUCUCUCUACAAGAGAGAUGUAUUCCGUCAGCCAGACCCUUUUGUUGUGAUGACUGUUGAUGGAUCGCAAACGAAGACAACUUUGACAGCAAAGAAAACAUUGAACCCUUACUGGAACGAAACAUACACGUUCCAGGCCCUUGAAGACUCGAUUUUGGUGAUCCAAGUGUUCGACCAAAAGAAGUUCAAAAAGAAGGACCAAGGGUUUUUGGGUGUUGUCAACGUUAGAAUUGGUGAUGUUAUCGAUUUGUCAUUGAAUGAUAGUGAAGAAACUAUCACCAGAGAUUUGAAAAAGCUGAAUGAAAAUUUGGCUGUCAGUGGGAAGAUUAUUGUUGUGAUUAGUCAUAAUAAGAGAGGCACUGGAAGUACUGGUGCUGCCAAUGGUAAUGGUACCGGUAGAUCCGAUGCUCCUCCGUCAAUCCAAGCUCCUCCACAACCCCCAAUAGCCAACAGUACUUCAACAAACGGAGCCGGAGCCCCUGCUGGUGGAGCUGUUGGUGGAGCAGCACUGCGCCAGUACUCUUCGUUUGAAGAUCAAUACGGAAGGUUGCCACCUGGCUGGGAAAGAAGAACUGACAAUUUUGGCCGUACCUACUAUGUGGAUCAUAAUUCAAGAACAACCACAUGGCAAAGGCCAACAUUGGAUGAAAGCGAAAGCGAAAGAGGCCAGCAGAGAAUAAACACCACUGAGGCUGAAAGAAGACAGCAUAGAGGAAGAACCUUACCUGGAGAAACCCCACAGUCACCUAACGUUACCGGUGGAAGUAGUUCAGGAACUAACUCCGCUACUUCUGGCAACAUCACAGUAAACUCAACCGGCGCUAAUACACCUGUCAACCCAGGAGCUGCCGUUUCGAUGGCUGCAUCAGGUGCUACCACAACAGGUUUGGGAGAAUUACCUUCUGGUUGGGAACAAAGAUUCACUAACGAAGGUAGACCAUAUUUCGUUGAUCACAACACAAGAACGACCACUUGGGUUGAUCCAAGAAGACAACAAUAUAUCCGUACUUUCGGUCCAAACACUACAAUUCAACAGCAGCCGGUGUCUCAAUUAGGUCCAUUGCCUUCAGGUUGGGAAAUGAGAUUGACCAACACCGCCAGAGUUUACUUCGUAGACCAUAACACUAAGACUACUACAUGGGAUGAUCCAAGAUUGCCAUCAUCCCUUGACCAGAACGUUCCACAAUAUAAGAGAGAUUUUAGAAGAAAGGUGAUCUACUUCAGAUCUCAACCAGCCUUAAGAAUCUUACCUGGUCAGUGCCACAUUAAGGUGAGAAGAGACAACAUUUUUGAAGACUCUUAUCAAGAAAUUAUGAGACAAACUCCUGAAGAUUUGAAAAAGAGACUUAUGAUUAAGUUCGAUGGUGAAGAAGGUUUAGAUUAUGGUGGAGUUUCAAGAGAAUUUUUCUUUUUGUUGUCUCACGAUAUGUUUAAUCCGUUUUACUGUCUUUUCGAGUACUCUUCCCACGAUAACUAUACCUUACAAAUUAAUCCUAACUCGGGUAUCAACCCUGAGCAUUUGAAUUAUUUCAAAUUUAUUGGUAGAGUUGUUGGUUUAGGUGUUUUCCAUAGAAGAUUCUUGGAUGCUUUCUUCGUUGGUGCUCUUUACAAGAUGAUGUUACACAAGAAAGUGGUAUUGCAAGAUAUGGAAGGUGUGGAUGCAGAAUUUUACAGAUCAUUGAAAUGGAUCUGUGAUAACGAUAUUACUGAUGUUUUAGAAUUGACAUUCUCAGCAGAAGACGAAAGAUUCGGUGAAAUUGUUGAAGUAGAUUUGAAGGAAGGUGGAAGAGAUAUUGAAGUUACCGAGGAGAACAAACACGAAUAUGUGGAACUUAUUAGUGAAUGGAGAAUUAGUAAGAGAGUUGACGAACAAUUCAAGGCAUUCACAGAUGGAUUCAAUGAAUUAAUCCCACAAGAAUUAGUCAACGUUUUCGAUGAAAGAGAAUUGGAAUUGUUGAUUGGUGGGUUGGCUGAAAUCGAUGUCGAAGAUUGGAAGAAGCAUACUGAUUAUAGGGGAUAUCAAGAAAAUGAUCAAGUCAUUCAAUGGUUCUGGAAAUGUAUUAAGGAAUGGGAUUCUGAACAAAAGGCAAGAUUAUUACAAUUUACAACUGGUACCAGUAGAAUUCCUGUCAAUGGGUUUAAAGAUUUGCAAGGUUCCGAUGGACCAAGAAGGUUUACCAUUGAAAAGGCUGGAGAAAGCAACCAGUUGCCUAAAUCUCAUACAUGUUUCAACAGAGUUGAUUUACCACCAUAUACUAAUUAUGAGAGCUUAAAGCAAAAGUUGACGUUGGCUGUAGAGGAAACUGUUGGUUUUGGACAAGAAUAG